GACCGAGCUCCCAGUAUAAAUACUAUUUUCCUUACAAUUUCCAAACCCUAAACACAUUAGCUGCCGCUAUUACAACGAUCUUCUCAGCAUCAGAUUCAAAUGGGGCACUCAAACGUCUGGAACUCUCACCCUAAGACCUAUGGUCCUGGUUCCCGCACCUGCCGUGUGUGUGGGAACUCCCAUGGGUUGAUCAGGAAAUAUGGACUUAUGUGCUGCAGACAGUGUUUUCACAGCAAUGCCAAGGAAAUUGGUUUCAUUAAGUAUCGCUAAGGAGUUUUGAAGGGUUAUCAGUUGAUCAUUUAUGAUAUGCCCAAUUGAAAGAAAGAUGUGUUUUUUUGGUUACAAUUGUAGUAUCUAAAUUGUUUUUGUUUGGUCUCUUUGGGAUAACUUUGAAUGUAGUUGGAUUUUUAUAAUACCCCUUUAAUUAUUUAUUUGAAAAUUUUCCUGUGAACAUCAA